UUCGCCUGGGUGGCGGGGCGGCCGGCUGCGCUCGGGGAGCUGCUGCCGCCCGUGCCCCGCUCCGCCUCGGGCCAUGCUGCUGCCGUCCGACGUGGCCCGGCUGGUGCUGGGCUAUUUGCAGCAGGAAAAUCUGCAAGCUACCUGCCAUCAAUUUAUUCUGGAAAGCUCAGAUUUGAAAGAAUAUGCAGAGCACUGUACGGAAGAUGGCUUUAUUCCAGCCUGCUUGCUGUCACUGUGUGGAAAAAACUUGACAACUAUUCUUAAUGAAUAUGUAGCCAUGAAAACAAAAGAAACAACAAAUGAAGUUCCAGCAAUGAUGUCAUCUCUGUGGAAAAAAUUAGACUAUACACUUUCUCAGAUCAGGAGCAUGCAGAAUUCAGAUUUCAGAUUUUCUUCUAAUCAGAGGAUACGUACAAGAAGUGGCAUUGUAGAAAUGAAAAGGCAGAGAAUGCUUCAGCAGUCAGCUCCUGCAAACUCAGGGCUGUUGUCAGUAGCCCAGCAGUCAGGGCCGCAGAAUUCCACUUCUGUUGUAACUCCUCAAGUAGUUCACAGGCCAACAAUAAAUCAAAGCAUGCCACAGACAAGACUGAAUACACUGUUUGUGAACCAGUCACAAACUCAAGAAAACAAGAUCAAUGCAGGAGGUCUCAUACACAUUCAGGUUCCAACAUCACAAGAACGAAAACUUCAUUCAAACUUGCUUUCUCCGGGAAGGCGAAAAAGUGAAUCUCAGAAGAGGAAAAGUACUGCAACAUCUGGACCUCUUUCAGCAACUAGAAGUUCUCAAGACUCUGAAGAAGCAGUAAUAGAAAAAGAAAGUGAGCCCCUAGAAGAAUUAAUUGAUGGUAACUUCCCACAACUGGUUAUUGAAAAUGCCAGAGAAAAAAUCUUGAGCAACAAAUCUCUUCAGGAGAAGCUCGCUGAAAAUAUUAACAAAAUCCUUGGGAGUGAUGGCAGUGUUGCUCAGGCCCCUAAACAGACAGACAGUGGUCCCACAGAACAGGAGACUUCAAUUGAUGAAAUCCUUGGACUUCAGGGUGAAAUUCAUAUGUCAGAAGAGGCUAUCCAGGAUAUUCUGGAACAGACAGAAUCAGAUCCAGCUUUUCAGGCUCUGUUUGACUGGUUUGAUUAUGGAAAGAGCAAGGUAAACAAGAACUUACCAGCUGGUAUUUCUGGUCGGAAUGGAGUAGAAAAUGAAAUCCUAGUGGGUGAAGAUAGCCUGGAAACAUUUGGAAGUUCUUUAGGAGCAGAAGAAACUAACAGAUGUGAUAAUUCUAGAGAACCUCUAUCCUGUAAAGGCUUUCAAUUAGGAGAAGCAUCAUGUGCCUUGAAGACCAGCAUGAAUGAUGAUGAUACGGUCAAGAAAAAUCCAGAAAAUCCAGCCAGUGAACAGCUGCAUGGAAACUGUAGACCAAGGAAGCAGACUGAAGAACUUACAGCCAUUACUCCUGAACAUAUUAGAGAGCUUGAAAUUGCUUUUGACUCGGUGUCUGGCUUGACUGAGCCUAACAAGGGACUGACUUCUGAUAACAAAUGUAAUGAACGCUGUGCAGACACUUACGUUACAGAAGAGUCAUCUACAUUAGUAUCUGAAACCGAGAGUGCUAUGGAAAUUGAAAAAGGCCCACCAAGUGAUACUCCUCAAAGUAGUCCUAAUUUGGAAUAUGUUCAUUCUAAUACUCCACAGAUUCCUUUGAUUUCAGUGGCAGAGGAUACUAUAGCUAGUGAAAACAAAACUGACUCUGCAAGUAAAUGUCCAUUAUCUCCAGAUACAUCACUGUCUGAAAAAGGACUUCCUGGAAGCCUUUCUGAUGGGAGCCCUGGCCACUGUACACUGCUGAGACAAAACAACUCAUCCAUUUCUAGCCCAUCAGCAGAUGCAGGAAAAGAACAGACUGUAACCAGUGAUCCAGCUGCCUUGCCUGGUGUUUUACAGGAGAGCUCCAGCCACCCCUCUAACCAUCAAGACCAGAGCACACAGGCAGACUCUGCUGUGGGAUCUGCAGUAGACAUCACAAAUCUUGACAAAACAGAGUUGCAGCUGGAAGUUGUUGAUACUUCUGACAAAACUUACUCAAAUGAUCAGCAUACACUUGAUCAGCCUUGUAAGAAAGAUUUUAACCUCCCUUCAGGACUGUCAAACACAGAGGGUACCCAAAAAGAUAUGCAAGAACCUUUGUCUUCUACAAAAGUAGACACUGAUAAUUUAUAUUUCUCUUCUGGUGAUAAUGCCUGUACAGACAUUUCUGUAGUAUCCACUGAAAACAAUCUUACUACCUCUGAAAUAUGCCAGUCUCCGCUCCCUGAAACUGCAUCCUCAACAGAUGAGUCAGGUACUGAGGCCAAAAGUGUAUCUUCUAGUGGUCAACCAAUGGAUGUUGAUCCUUCUAAUAUAAUGUCCCUCAAGAUCAUAAUCAGUGAUGAUCCGUUUAUUACAUCAGACACGGAGUUAAAUAAUGCUGUUUCCAGCAUCACAGGAGAAAAUUUGCCUACUAUAAUAUUGUCAUCUCCAGCCAAAUCCCCAACCAAAAGUGCAGGCUUGUCCAAAUGUCUGACUUCAGAAGACACAGAAAAAAAUGUGGAUUCAGCUGUGGCAGAGCAGAAUCUUCUUGUGCUUAGACCUAAAGAUCCUGUGGUCACCUCAGUUAACACUCAGAAUGAAGACUGUGCUGGUUUUUCAGUUGCAGGUUCAACUCAUCUUUCCAACGAAGGGGGAUUUAUACAGUUGAUGCCAGCCACAAGCACAGCUUUUGGGAAUUCAAGUAACCUUUACAUAGCCACCUGUAUGACUGAUCCAGCAACCUUGGGUGCAGCUGUAACACCAUCAAAUGUAGUUGUAUUGCCUGGCAGUUCUAUGCCACUGGCUUCCCAAGCUCCAGCUGUACAACAGUUGCGGACUCCUCCCAGAUCCAGCAAUACAUUUCCAGCAAGCCAGACUGUCUCCCCAAAUUUCCCACAGGGAUCUGCCAUCAUAAUUGCAUCUCCAGUGCAGCCAGUUUUGCAAGGGAUGGUGGGAAUGAUACCUCUCUCCGUAGUAGGACAGAAUGGGAAUACGUUCUCAGCACCUGCCUGCCAGGUUCUUCACAUGCCUGUGGCUAAUCCAGUGUGCAAUGGAAGUGUCCCAAAGCUUCCUAUCCCUCCCAAAUCACAGAAGAUUCCUGGAGCAAGAAACAAGACUAAUACAGGAAAACUGGUACCAAAUGUAGCUGAGCCUUUGAACCAUGCAAAUGCUCGAACACAGAGGACUGGAAACUGGGACAAGCCUACCAGUGCAGAACCAGGAAAGAAAGUGGAAGAGAACAUACCUGUUGCACCAGCAGAGAACACAAGCUCAAAUUCAAGACAGAGUGAGAGUCACAGGAGAGUGCUUUGCUUUGAUAACUUCCUACCCACUCCAGGAGGAAACACCCAAAUUCAGGCGACUAAGAGUUCGUCCCAAAAGGAAAGAAACGAAAACCCUUUAUUUGCUGUUGACUCUGCAUCCUCCUCUGCUAAGGCACAGGUACCAAAGAGAGACAAAGACAAAACAUUGCCCAGAAUUCUAUGUAGACCAGAAGUUGGUAGCAAUAGAGGCACAUCUGCAAAGGAGCCGCAGUCUGAGCGGAAGGUGGCAGCUGCAGGGAUUUCAUCUGAUCCCUUCCACAAGACAACAGCAAACAAAGAAAAUGAGUUACGAAGAGAUACUGAUGAAAAGCAGAAGAACCAGGACACUGCCAAACUCUCCAACGGCCAACAAAGCGUUGCCUUAUGGAAUGAGAAGACGGUUCCUUCGGUACAAGAGCUGAACAAGAAGCAGGGGUCACUGUCAAAUGGGGCCAGCAGCGGCAAAUCAUCAGUGUCUGUUUCUUUGUCCUCGAAGGAGGCGAAGCGAGAGCCUGCUAAAGCUCCCAGCCAAGGCCUCGGCCUGCCCAGCCCAUUCAGUAAACAGCACGUGGAGAUGCUGCAGGACAUUCAGUGGCAAAGCCCCGCUGGAAAGACAGUUGAGAACGGAGAGCUGCCGGUACCCCGGACGCCAUCUGGAGUUGGGGACAGGCACACGGAUGACACCACGGACAGCGUGCGGACGCCGACGUGCCGGCGCUUCACCGAGGACAGCAGCACACCCCGCAUCAUGGUGCCCCCCGCCACGCCAGACCUGCCCGCCUGCAGCCCCGCCAGCGAGACAGGCAGCGAGAACAGCGUCAGCAUGGCCGCCCACACCCUCAUGAUCCUGUCGCGGGCGGCCAUCGCAAGGACUAGCACUGCAACCCCCCUCAAGGACAACACCCAGCAGUUCAGGGCCUUGAGGAGCACCGUCAAGAAAAGGAAACUGGAGGACUUAAAUGAGGGCGAGAGAAAUUCUCGUUCCACAAAUAGAAAAGACCUUCAGAGCUCUCCAACACCAUCCAAAAAAAAGAAAAUCAAGAAAAAGAAGCUUCCAAGUUCCUUUCCAGCAGGAAUGGAUGUGGACAAGUUCUUGUUGUCUUUGCAUUAUGAUGAAUGAACAAAAGAAGUUGAAGUGGGCCAUCUGAAGCUCAGUGGAGCAGUGCUGAGGUUUUGCAUGGAAAGAGAAGUUAACUCUAAAGGGCAAGUUGCACUUUCAGUGCACUGAAGUUUCACUUUAUAGCAAAGUCGUGCUGUUUCUGAAGCAGGUUGCAAAGUGUAAAUAUCAUUGAGUUGGUAUGUUUAUUUUUGAAAAAGCACUUGCAUAAUUAUAGAGCCAUUUAAAUUGCAAAACUGUAAAUUUGUGUAAAUGAAAUGUAAGAAAGAUUGUACAUUUCCUGUUAGA